AGGAAUAUAAGGUGGGAGGAGACAGGAGCUCAGUGCAGUCUGAAGAUGCAGUCUGAGGAGACAGUCUAAGGACAGGAUCGCCCCUUCGGUCUGAACACUGGUAGAGGUUAAAGGUCUCUCUAAUGGCUGGCUGUACUGCUUCUCUGAUCCUUACAGCUUUCACCCCCUAAUAUUUGACCCUGGGUUCUAUUUAUUAAGACCAAUUAGAAUCUGUGCUUCAAUCUUCCCACACCAUGCUCUAUGCACAGGAUAACAAAUAGUUUAAAAGUGAUUGUGAGUGUAUUGACAAGAAGUUAAACCCGGCUGGAAGCUCUUGCCUGUUCCUCUUAGCGACCUCCACCCUGUGAUGGGUGAUCGUGAUGGUUAACAUUAGUAUGUUUGGAACUACCCUGGAGACACACCUCUGGGCAGGUUUUUAAAGGUGCUUUCAAAGAGGUCUAUGUGAAGAGAGAAGACCCUCCCAGAAUGGGGAUCGCCACAUCCCGCAGACUGAGUUCAAAGGAGGAAAAUGAGCUGAGGGCCAGUGUACAUCUUUCUUUGCUUCUUGACCGCAGUUCCAGAGUGACCAGCUAGUGGCUCAUGCUCCUGCCUCAUCAUGAUGGACUGUAGCCCCUCAAACCAUGAGAUCUAAUAAACCCCACUCCCUUAAGUUGCUUCCUUGUCAAGUAUAGUGUUAUAAUAAGGAGAACGUUAGCUCAGUAACCACUUUCUUCUUUAAACCUUUUACCCUUUAAACCACUAUUACAUACACACACACACACACACACACACACACACACACACACACACUCCUCAGUCGGACAUGGGACCCACACUCUCUGCUUUAUGUAAAAGUGCCAACACUGUGUCUUUGCUUUCGUCUCGUCCCUUGCUUUGUGAGGCUCAUCCUAACUUUGUCUAUCGCCGUGGUUCAGUUGUCAUUGCGGUACGACAUUCUGCUUGAUGUCUCUGCCACCAUUUAUCUCUGCCUCCCUGGUUGUAGGGACAGAAAUUCCCGAGUGAGUGACGUCCCGAAUGAAUGUGUGCUAUCAACAUGGGCAUGGCCGUUUUCAAGGACCCGGGAGCUGCAGAGAAAAAAGCAAAGCCUUCUCCCCUGGAGUGAGGCUCAGAGGGCAAAGGGAUGGUGGUGUGUGCGCGGAGACUGUCCGCUGUCGCUUUCUCUCCCUGGACAUUUAUGGCAUGAAGACUGCUCCCCUGCAGAGUCUACCACUAUUGCGAUUUGUUAAACCUGUGCCUUGAUCCAGCUGUUCACCAUAAACCUGCCUCCUCGUCUAUCUCUGUGCAGUAAUCCUUCUUCCUUGUCUAUCCAUCUGUAAUGACCUCACCUCCCUUCUCAGCUCUGUAUAAAUACCCUGAGAUUCUGGAAUGCUGUGUCUUCUCCAGUCAAGAGCCCAGACCACCUUCUCCAGAUCAAGAUCCCAGCUUGUCUGUUUGUGUCCCGAUUUGUCUUUUCUUCAUGCCCUUACUGCCCACGCAGGUCGCAGGCCCUAGAAGCCGUGCCUGGACCAUGGCACCUAGGAAUUUUUGGAUUGUCUCCAGUUAAAGAUACUAUAAAGAUCAUUUGGAUACAUGCUUUUCUGACGGAAGCCAGGUGGUUCUUUCAAAAAGUACGAUGCAUAGGAGUCUAUGGGGUAUUGUGGCCACUCUAACAUAUUUAAGCAUCAUCUUUUAAGUGAUGUUUCUAUGAUUUCAUAUGUGCAUUAACCAUCAUUUUAAUGGAUAUAUUACAUUCUAUCCAUGGCUGAAUAAUGGCUUAGUGGCCCUUCCUAUUUUCUAAUUUAUCUUAAGUAAUUAAAAUAAUUUCAAAUUUACCUGUAUGUAUUUACUUGGUAAAAGUGUUAACUAUCUGAUUUGUUUCCCAUGACCUUGGUCCAUUUGCCUGAUGUGGAAUAGAGAUGGAGACCCCACCCCCACCCCCUGCAUCCCAAGCUCUCAAACUUCCUGCCUGUCAGACCCCACAACUGGAAGACUCCAAGUCCGAUUCUGACAGGCUGGGUUGCGAUAAAAGGGGACCGAGGUUGCUAGGUGAACACCUGUGCCCACAGCACUUUGGUCCCGCGAAAGCCGGAGAGGAGAGUUGGAAACCAGUCGAGCCGUGCUGCCUGCCGCCACCUGAGGAUCUCAGGGAGCAAGAGUAUCUGAAUAUGAGUGGUAAAAACUGGAUAUUAGUGUCUACAACUUCACCCCAAAGCCUGGAAGAUGAAAUUCUGGGACGGCUUCUGAAAAUUCUCUUUGUUUUGUUUGUUGACUUAAUGUCUAUUAUGUAUGUCGUCAUAACUUCCUAAAAGCCUGACGUCGUUUACUCUGUAUUUUUCCAACUAAAUCCCAGUGAAUAAAGACCUACAUUUUAAUAUGA